AUGGGCAAGUACUGGAGACCUUCAAAGCUGUGUCAGUAUUCAGGGCACAAAGGACCACCUACUAGCGUCAAAAGUCGUGACGUGAUCAACCCUACCAUGGCCAAGGAGCUAUAUGUUCACCCUGUCGUAAAAAACAUAAAGCAUAUACGAAUUCUACACGUACUGUUUGCUCCUGAAGAGGAAUGUACAAAAACACAUGCUGCUGAAAAAACGUACAAGUUAAGACAGCCUCUGAAGACUAUACACUACGCUGAGUCGAGUCCAGGUUUUGCAGCAAUGCCUAAGACGAUCCUCACGAGUCCUCAAGAUCCAGCCUGGACCCUAAGUGCAGUGAAUAUACAAAGUAGUGGUAGCUCCGACGAACAAGAGUCCUUUAUCACUCCUCGAGAUGCCGAAAUUCUUCAUGUGUACAACACGGCAAUGUCAAGAUUAGCAAUAUCAAUUUACAGUUUCAAACUGAUCCUCUACGAAAAUAAAACGUAUUGUAUCUUAAAUUGGGGACCAGCACUCGACCACCUGAAAACACACAAGGGAUUUGUUACGGCAUCGUUUAUAACUUUUACCCUCAUUCCCGUAAUUAUCCUGGUUAUUGUGUAUAGCAUUAUCAUAUGGACAAUAAGAAAAAAGAACAAGAAAAGUAAAGAGCGAUUGUCUUGUCGUCAAAACCAUCGAGAUCAGCAGCUGAGGAAAAUUGUCGAAAUGACGAUGGCCAUCAUGAUUUCCUUUGUUACCUGCAUGACUCCUCUGCUUACCUAUUUAUUUCUUCUUAUUUUUCUAUGGAAUUGGAAAUCGCCACCCAUUUGUGCAUUUCAAACAAUUAUCCCAUUUAUUUCUGUCUUUCUGCUACAUUCAUGGAGUGCAGUUAAUCCCUGCAUUUGUUUUAUCUUUAGCAAGAACUAUCGCAAUGGCCUUAGGCAAUGUUUUCAUUGUGACGGUCUCAGUCGAAGGCUAUCAAGUUUACGGGAGAACUAUCGAAUGCGAACGAUGACGAGCUCCUACGGAGACAGCUCUCUUGAGAUCCACUCAAGUAGCGUACACAUUAUCUCGUACAGCAGAAACGCUUGAGCUCGCUAUUUAUUAAAAUCCUAACUCAGAAAAGCAGAAGUAAAAUCAUUGGGUAUACAGCUCGAACCCUUAAAGUUUGACUCAGAUAGUUGUAACUUUAUGUGAUAACUGAUAAUUAAAGCGAUGACGACGUCCAACCGGUAGAAUAUCAUAAACUAUGCACAUCGAACUUAGAAGUUUGACACAGAUGUCUAGCAAUGUUAAGUUGAUUUUGAGAGGAACACUGAGGAUGAACUUAGUGCCACACACUUAACCACAAGAACCAUGGGGACAAUAGUCUCGUGUCACGAUGAAUCUGUUCUCUAAGUCAGAUGGUCGAUUCAAUCGUGCAGAUCUUAGCGGUAGAGAUAUGAUUGAGCCACUUAUUCCACUCGCAUUUUUUGCUAUGAGGGAUGAUCUAAUAAUUAUUUGCAUAUCAUAAU